AGCAGAGGCGGAACCUAUAAUUCGGGCUCGUGUUUCCUCCGGAGGAUGUUAGAGCCGGUGCAGGCAGCGGGCGGAGGACGGGUUGGUGUCGAUCAUCAUUGUUGUUAUCGAUCAUCAUUGUUGUUAUCGAUCAUCAGUGUUGUUAUCGAUCAUCAGUGAGGGAUCGAUCAGCAUGCACAGAAGCUGGCCGCUGAUUGGUCCGCUGCAGUGGAUGCGUUACGUCAACACGCAGGUGAAAGUGAAGGCGGGAAAAAAUGAGGAGCACCGCGGCUGGCUGCUGACCAUCGACCCGGUGUCCGCCAGUCUGGUCCUGGUGAACUUCAGGGAGGAGGGGCCGGCGGCGGUGCGGGUGGUGAUGGGUCACGCUGUGGAGGAGGUGGAGGUCCUGAAGGAAGCGGAUCAAGAGACCAUGGAGCGUCUCCAGACCCCCUUCCUGCCCCUGAAGACCUGCAGGCUGAACCCCGAGGAGCUGAGGAGCAGGAUGGGGGGCGUCCGGAGCUGGCUGGAGAAGAACCGGGUGCCGGUGGAGGUAGAGGGGGACGAGCUGAGGGUGGCGGGGGUCCUGACCAUCACUGCCCCCUACGGACCUGAAAACUGCUGCAGCUCCAACCAGAUCAUCCUGGACCGCAUCCAGAAACUGAUCCAGAAUGAAGACCUGCACCCAGACUAGAUCUGAAGACCUGCACCCAGACCAAAAUUAUAGACCUGCACCCAGAACAAAAUUAAUGAUCCAGAAACUGAUCUAGGAACUGAUCCACAGUCUGAUCCAGAACAGAAGACCAGCACCAAAACCAGAACUGGAGACUGUUAAAUCCUGUUUAAUAAGUUUUAUAUUUAAACAAACCAGAUCAGUCUGAUUGGAUAUCUGAUGUCUACUUUCACUCAGAGAAUAAAACCUGCAGAUAAAAAAGUCUGAUUCUCUCUCUC